CCACCCACCACGCCCAGGCCCACUUGCAGGCACCCUCCCAGCAGAUGCACUUCCUUAAUUUGCCAGACGACGCCGCUUGUGGGGCCGGCGAGGACGCGCUGGGCUCCCCGUUGGGCUCCCCGCUCGGCCCGGGCCUCGGCCCCUACCGGGUGCAGCGGCACGCCGCCAACGUCCGAGAGCGGCGGCGCAUGCAGAGGUCGGGUCCCGACAGACCGCCCGUCAAAAUCAGCAUCAACUCUGCGUUCGACGAGCUGCGAGUCCACGUGCCCACGUUUCCGUACGAAAAGCGCCUCUCCAAGAUCGACACGCUGCGGCUCGCCAUCGCCUACAUCGCCCUGCUCAGGGAACUGCUCACGGCCGACUGCGACCCACUCACCUACGUGGAGCGCACCCUACGCGGCGACACCCGCACCCCGGGGCCCGACCGCGCCGAAUGGAACACAAGCGAUCUCACUGCGCGCUUGUCGUGGAUCAACUGGGAGAACUUAGGGGUUCACCCCAACAGGCGGAGCGUUCUGACGAGCCUGGCACUCUCACCGGACAGCAUCACGACAUGACCAGAAGAGGAUUGUUUAUUACGCAUCUAAAGUUUUGUAAAUAAAAUCAGCUUAAUAAAUCCAGUUAGUGGUGUCGAAAAAAUGUAACGAAGUCGCAACGUCGAAAUUGGGUACAGUUUAGCAACGACGCAAACGACAUACCGGGUGCCCGGGAGAAUAAGCGGCGGCUCGAUGGGUUGCCUACGCACUGGAGUGCAGGCGCGGAGGGUAGACCGUCCCAAAAAAAUGCUGUUUUUAAAAAGUGCUCGGGACACAUUGCCGCAGUAAACGGACUGACUAGUAGAUACUAAAACGAUU